AGUAAAGAAAAUACAAUGGGAGUUUGCUGGCCCUGAUGUAAAUUGUAAUUUAUAAUCUUUCCACCAUGGUGCAAGUGUGUACAAUGUUUGCUUAUUAAGGACCAAUCGUGAUGGCAUCGAGCAGAAGUACAAGAGAAGUUCUAUUAUCGCUGGUGGAUGAUAUCGAGUUAAUAGCAAAGGAGAUGAUAGAAAACACAAUCGCUCAAAAGCCUUCAAAGCUUUCGAGCACAGAGCACGCUCAGUUAACUGAAUUGUUAGUUGCCAAGGAUAAUGAAUUAAAGGCGACACUGAAACGGGCCGCUGAGCAGGCUAAAAUUAACUUGAAGAUGGAGGCAUUGAAAGCCGAGGUAGAGAGGCAAGACCAGGAUAUCCAGCAGCUGCAACGACAAUUGAAAGAAGCAGAACAGAUUUUGGCUACUGCGAUUUAUCAAGCAAAACAGAAAUUACAAUCUAUUGCACGUGCCAAUAAAAGGCCGGUUCCUUCGGAAGAGCUUAUUAAAUAUGCACAUAGAAUAAGCGCAACCAAUGCAAUUUGUGCACCUUUAACAUGGCAGCAAGGAGAUCCCAGAAGACCAUAUCCCACAGAUCUCGAAAUGAGAGUAGGAUUUCUAGGACGGUUGAGUGACCCAAGCAAUCUACCUUUAAAUGGACAGUUACUUGGAUCUCAUCUAGGAGUACCAUCAGAUUUACAUAGGGCAGGACAUCCUGCUGGAGAACCACCUGUUUCGCAAUCAAACCAAUUUGCCUGGCAUCCAUCGGGAGAGAUUCACAUGUCGGUUGGUGGACAGGGCAGCGUGGCUGUGAAUACGCAUAAACAAGAAACAGAAGACGUUGAAGUUAUGUCUACAGACUCUUCGAGUAGCUCUUCUAGUGAUUCACAAUAGAUAUUAUUUAUAUCAUAUCAAGCUGGAAACAUAAUAGGCAAUAGGAAACAGGGAAUAACGAGCCGUCUGACCAGAGCUCUGGGGUAUAAUAUUAAACUUAUUCCCUAUUUUCUGUUUCUAUUGCCUGUGCCUAUUGUAUUUCCAGCUUUAGAAAAAAGUAAAACAUUUUUCUUAAUAAAACUUAGCUAUCUGUAUGAAAUUGAUGUGUAUAUGUACAUAUACAUACAUGUGUG